GAAAACGUAAACUGGCUUAGUCAUUCAUCUUGAAGUACACACACGAUUGUGUGGUUGGAAAAGUGUGCGUGUCCUUGCGCUUCUCGUGGUAUAUAAUGCGUGGACGCUGAAUGGACAGGCAGAGAGACGUCGUAGUAUCAGGUGCACUGGAGUCAUUGUGACCAGAGAGAAUUGUGUUGUAUCGGAGGAACUGUAUUGCUUCACAGUCACUAAUCGACGAAUAAACAUAACCACACCCUUACCAUUCUACUGGCGACCUCGCACACACAGGACCAAUAUGGAAGAAGACUCAAAGCCUUUUGAGAAACAGUCUGAAGAGACCUUGGGUCUGGCUACGCUAGCCAUUCACAGCGGUCAAGACGCGGAUAACUGGAAGUCCAGAGCGUUAGUGACCCCUAUCGUGACCUCCAACAGUUUCAAACACGACGUCUAUGCUGAGGGGGAGGAAUACCACUACAGUCGCAUGUCCAACCCUACUAGAAAAGCGUUGGAAACGAAUCUGGCUUCACUGGAAGGCGGGAAAUAUGGUCUUGUAUUUGGCUCGGGCCUGGGUGCUUUAUCCACGGUGAUCUAUUUGCUCAAGUCUGGAGACAGUAUUGUCGUGUCAGAGGGUUAUGGAGCUCGUGUGGAUGGAGAGCCCGACCAACCCUCUAAUGAAGCUCAUAGACAUCCAGGCAGUCUGCAACAGAAUCAGAUCUAUCACGUCAGAUUGGACAGAGAAGCCGAUCAUAGUAGUUGACAACACUGUGAUGUCUUCUUACUUCCAGAGGCCACUUUCUCUCGGAGUAGAUAUCGUGAUGCAUUCCCUGUCCAAGUACAUGAACGGCCACAGUGAUGUCAUCAUGGGAGCCCUGAUACUGAGCAACGAGGAAAUCUACGAAAAGCUGAAAUUUUUCCAGAUGGCGGUUGGUGUGACAUCCUCCCCCUUCGACUGUUACCUGGUUCUUCGGGGACUCAAGACUCUGCACGUACGUAUGAGAGAGCAUGAGAAAAACUCUUUGGAGGUCGCCAGGUUCCUGGAACAACACCCGUGCUGUGUCAAAGUCAAUCAUCCAGGUCUACCUUCCCAUCCACAAUACGAGCUUGGAAGACGACAAAUGGACGGUUAUUCUGGGGUGCUGUCAUUCUACAUCAAGGGGGGACUGGACGAUGCGAAGCGAUUUGUCAGCAAACUAAAGCUCUUCGCAUUUGCUGCUAGUCUUGGAGGAUACGAGAGUCUAUGUGAAAUUCCAAUGACGUUCAGCCAACGCCACACCCCUGCGGGACAGAGGGAGACCACGGGGAUCACCCAGUCUCUGGUGCGAUUGUCUGUCGGUCUUGAGGACGUCAAGGAUCUCAAGAGGGACAUAGGACAGGCUCUGGACUACAUGCUGUCAGCUCAAAACUCUGCUGAACCAGUGGCGGGUGGUCAGAUCUCGGUACCGUGAUGCAGCCCAGUCCUGCCAGUUUGGUGGAAGAUCUGACAGAUACCUGAUAAAUUUAGAUAUCAAACAUGUAUUGAGAUACCGUAAAACUUACAUACAAAUGUACUUCCUGGUGAUGAUACUAUGUUAAAAGAAAA